AUGCUCCUCGUCCUCGCUACCAGCGCUUCGCUUCACACCGCUGCGCGCGCGCGGCCACCGACGUGCGUGGCGACCGCUCCGCCGGUCGGCACCUCGUACGACACUGGCGCCUUUGACGCGGCCGUCAUGAAGACGUGCGCCGGCUGCAACCCGUGUGGGGCCCGCGGCCUCGCCGACCGCGCGCUGAUCCCACGCAGGUACAACCGGUACCCGCUCGCGGUUGCUGGCGGGGAGGGCUGCGAGCUCGUUGAUCUCGACGGCCGGCGGUACCUCGACUUUGCAGCCGGCAUCUCGACGUGCACACUCGGCCACGCAAACCCGAAGCUCGCGGCGGCGGUGGCGGCGCAGAUGGGGCGGGUGAACCACGUGUCGAAUCUGUACUAUAUCCCCGAGCAGGGCGAGCUCGCGCAGCGCCUCGUCGCCACCUGCAAUCUCGACAAGGCGAGAGAAGCUGCCAACCGCGCCGCGCAGUCUCCUUGA